AUUUCCUUAGGUUUUUGUCUUUGUCCAUUCACAAUCGAUAUUUUUACCUCCAAUCUUUUUUAUUUUGCUUACCAAUGGGCGAGACGUGAUGAGUUUGAUUUAGGUACUUCUAGUUACCAUUUUUUGUUAUUGUUGCUUAUAGUUUCAUCUCGAUACUAGAUCAGACUUAGACCAUGGUAGUCGUAUUAGCCGAGUUGCAUUCAUAGCAGAACACCCAUCGUUUCCCCUUCUUCUUCGUCAGCUUUUCACUAAAGCUCGAAUUACAAAGCGAGAGCUCGAUCGAUAUACCACUAUGGCGGGCGAAGUAAGGCAUCCGAUCGAUAUACCGGCUCUAGAACGUUAUAUCGCCCAGAAUGUGCCCGAGAUCAAGCUACCGCUAGACGUGAAGCAGUUCGGCUUCGGCCAAUCCAACCCAACCUACCAACUCACCUCCCCGGACAACAAGCGGUACGUCCUGCGUAAGAAACCCGCCGGCAAGCUCCUCUCGCAAGCCGCGCACAAAGUCGAGCGCGAGUACCGCGUCAUCGCCGCCCUGCAACCCACCGCCGUCCCCGUCCCCCGCGCCUUCGCCCUGUGCCCCGACCCCUCCGUCCUCGGCACCCCCUUCUACAUCAUGUCCUUCGUCGACGGCCGCAUCAUCCACGACCCCUCCAUGCCCCACCCCCACGCGACGUCCCCCCGCGAGCGCGAGGCCCUCUGGCGCGCCGCCGUCGAGAGCCUCGCCGCCCUGCACGCCGUCGACCCGGACGCCGUCGGGCUCGCCGGCUUCGGCAGCCGAGGCGGCUUCUACGCCCGCCAGCUCGCGACGUGGACGCGCAUCUGCGACGCGCAGGCGCGCGCCCGGGACGUCGGCUCGGGCGUGCCCGUCGGCCCGAUCCCGCACAUGCGGGAGCUCGUGGCGUUCUUCGCGGACGAGGCGGCGCGCCCGCGCGACAGGGCGACGCUCGUGCACGGCGACUACAAGAUCGACAACGUGGUGUUCGAGAAGGGAAGCGCGCGCGUCGCGGGUAUCCUCGACUGGGAGAUGAGUACCAUCGGACACCCGCUUUCCGACCUGGCGAACCUGCUGAAUCCGUAUAUCCUCGCGUCGCUUUCGCAAUCGCCUGCUUUUACCCCCUCCUUUUCGUCAUCGUCAUCGUCUUCGGAAAAUAACGACGCCGCCCCAACCCAAUCCGAAGCCAUCGCAGCCGUAACCAACCGCGCGUUCCUCCCCAACGCGACGCCGGGCCUCCCGCCCCCCUCCGCCGUCGUGUCCUGGUACGCCGCGGCCGCGGGCUGGCACCCGCCGCCCGAGGAGGUGGCGUGGGCCUGCGCGUUCAGCGUGUUCCGGCUCGCCGUCAUAUGCCAGGGGAUCGCGGCGCGGGUCGCCACGCGCCAGGCCAGCAGCGCCGACGCGCGCCGGCACGCGGCCGCCGUGGGCCCGCUCGGCGAGUUCGCGUGGGAGCUCGUGAGGAAGGAGAGGGAGAAGAGGGGUUUGGGAACGGGCACGGGCACGGGCACGGCUGGGUCCGGUGGUGCGAAGCUAUGAUUAGAUUACCUUGGUACCUUAGGUUAGGUUAGGUUAAGUUAAGUUAGGUACCUAGGUAGGUAGGUAUGAUAAAUAAUGACGAUGGCGAGAUUCCCUUUUACAAUAUCCAUUAUCAUCGUCAUCAUCAUCAUCCUGUUACUCGUUCUUUCUCACUCCUGGAUAUUAGCGUCUAAAAAUCAAAAGCACUAUCCAUGUCCAUGUCCAUGUCCAUGUCAGUGGAAGUAGCUGGCUGGUGCGACGAUGUAUUAUUAUACACCUAAUAGAGCUUUUUGGAUAAUGACCUCGUUUAGGUACCUGUUAAGCGACUAUAAGAGCGAGCUAGGUACGAUCACAAAAUACAAAUUAAAACCUUCAUCGCCUUCAUCUGUAAUCUGA